AGACUAAAAGAUGGCGGCUGGUUCAGGGGCUGCAGGAGCCCGCAGCUCCAACGCUGGUCUGGAAGGGUCUUUGGACCGACGGUUUCAAGGAGUUUCCAACACUAUGGAGUCAAUACAAGGACUUUCAAACUGGUGCAUUGAAAACAAGAAGCACCACAGCCUGGUCGUUCGCUACUGGAUGAAGUGGCUCAAGAAAUCUGACAACCCUCAUCGCUUGAAUCUCUUCUACGUUGCAAACGAUGUGAUACAGAACUGCAAGAGAAAGAACGCUAUCGUCUUUCGUGCGUCCUUUGCAGAGGUCCUUCCCAACGCUGCUCAGUUCAUCAGAGAUCCGAAGGUCCGCAAGUCAGUGGAGAGGAUUUUUACGAUUUGGGAGGAGAGGAGCGUGUAUCCCGAGGAGGUCAUUGCCGGGUUUAAGGCUGGCAUAAACAAAAAGGAAAAGGAGCGAGAGAAGCAGAAGGAAAAAGAGAAAGAAAGGAAGAAGGAAAAGGAGAAGCAGAAAGAAAAGGAAAAGGAAAAAGAAAAGGAGAAAGAAAAAGAGACGCCCCCGGCAACUGCCCCAGCCAACACCAAAGCUGCCCUGAAGUCCAAGAUCUUAGCGGAGUUCACCCCCCAGUCCCUCAUCGAUCAGUUGUCGAAAUAUAAGCAGGUGGUUGCAGAAGAGGAGUUCAGGGAGAACCAGCUGGCAGCUCUCAGGGUGGACGUCUGCAGCACAGAGGCUCUCAAGAGACUGAAAGACAAGGCUGGAGGGAACAAGUUUGCGACGGACUUUGAGGAAGGCAGUCUGAAGCUGCAGGAGUUUGUGGGCUUCAUGGAGACAGAGCUGACGACAGGGACUCCUCUGCUGGAAGCUUUGGGAAAUGCAGACAUUUUCUACGAGAUGCAGUACAAGGAGGUUAAGAUCGUGGCCAAUGCGUACAAUGCCUUUGCCAACCGUGUGGCUAGUCUUAAAAGGAAACUGGAUUCCCUCAAGUCGACUCUACCUGGAUCUGAGGACUCUCCCAUCCCCUCCCCCUCAGAAGACGCCCCCUCUCCCACCGGCUCUGACUCCCCCUUCAUGGGACUGGGGUCCAUCAGGGCCCAGGUGGACCCAGAGCUGGAUGGCAAGGCCAUGGAUGAAGGAGAGAAUGCCAAUGACAGCAGAGACAUGGAGGACAUGGAGGACAUGGAGGACAUGGAGGACAUGGAAGACAUGGAACUGUCUGAUGAAGAGGCUGACGCUGCCACAGCAGAGGCAGGUGACAAGAAGGACAAUCCGUCCACUGCUGUUGCAAAGUCAGAUGCACCAUCAAAGCUUCCCUCCACACCGACGAAGGCUCCGAAGACCAUCACCACUGCUACUGCCACAGCAACCCCAUUGACUCCCACCUCUGCUGCUGCUCAAAGCGCCGCAGUAACCACAAUGGGAGUCAAUCUGGACAAGGUGGACCUGGGGAAGAUCAGCUCCAUUCUGAGCUCCCUCACAUCUGCCAUGAAGAAUACAGCAGCUAGCUCCUCACCUCGCCCGUCUCCAGGAACCCCCACCACUCCUUCUGGCCAACCAGCAGCCUCCAAAGCGACCUCUUCGAGCCCUCACCUGGCGAGCAUCCUGUCACGAGUUGACAUCACACCUGAAGGCAUACUCAAUGCUCUGACUAAAACAAACACACCAGGUUUGUCCUCUCUCCUGCAGAGUGUGUCAAACAACUCCUCUGCUACUCCCACCCGAACCUCCCCAGAAUCCUCAGCAGUUAAAACCCUGCUCUCCCCCACCACCCCAAAAGCAAAACCCACCAUAGGGAACAGCCUCAAAAGAGACACACCUGGGAGGAGCAGAGAUUGGGAGAAAGAGAGGAAGCUGUCUCCUCCCCCUCCUCCGCCCCCUCCUCGUACCUCAGCUCCCUCUGUCUCCCCCCCCAGCCUGGAAUCAAAAAUCAACAGUUUCCUGCAGGGUAACCCCGGCUUCAGUCUCGCCCUGGGUGAUGGCAGUCCCGACGGGGUGGACGGGACCCCGGUGAGAGACGAGGCCGCUGGCACCCCCACCCAGGACGAGAUCAUGGACACACCUGGGAGUGUGCCAGAGUCUUUAGGGUCAUCUGGAGGUCAUACCCUCUCACCCACAGCCUACCGCAGUGAACCCUGGGACGCUGUGAUCACCCCGUCAGGGAGCAGCAGCAAUGGAGACUUUCUGAGCUCCUCCUCCUCCUCUCGGUAUGGAGCUGACAAAAAGGGGGCCACAAAAUCAAAGGACGAUGCAGUGAGGAAGCAGGUCUCCUCUUCUCCCAGUAGUGACAUGAAGGGUAAGAAAGAUGGACACCAGCUGAAGAUCAUGGGAAACAACAGAGGAAACGGUGAACGGAAACACUCAGCAGGCUCUCGUAGGGCCAGCAGCGGGUCGGAGGAGGGGGGGAAACGAGAGGGUCCUGAGUCUCCGGGGGGGAAGGGGAAGGAGGGCCAGUACCAUCGCAUUGAGACUCUAGUGUCCCCCUGCACUGAAGGGGCUCCGAUCCAAACUCUCGGCUACUCGAACCGCCCCCACGCCGGGGAGCGCAUCAAGACGGUGGAGAGCAUCCGCCUGAUUGUCCGAGACUCCCGGCGGGGGGGAGUGGCCGGCGCUCGACCAGGGGGAGCGAUGUGGUACGAGGAGGAGGAAUACAUGGACGCUCAGUCUCCCUCCCCCCACGACGGCCCACCUCCUCUUAACAUUGGAAACGACGACAUGAGCCCCUCCAUGCCUCCUCCCCCUCCUCACCUCCUCCACCAACAUCUCCACCCUCCUCCGUCCCACCCCCACGCACACCCUCCUCCUUUCCAAAUGCCCUACCACCCCGAGAACAUCCAGUCUCCUCCCCCCUCCCAUCUCCACCAGCAUCCUCCCCCGUCCCAUUUUUUCGGCCCUCCUCCACCCAUCCCCAGACCCCCUCCGCCUCCCAUACCCCAGCGCCCUUCCCCUCCACCUUCCCACCAUUCUGUGCCCUCUGCAGUCAUGGUAGGGGGAGUGUUGGUCCCUAUCGACCGUCCCCUUUCUCUCCCCCUCCCACUGAGACCUGAAGGUGUAGAGCGAGGUGGAAUGGGGCCCAGAGGAAACAAAAUGCCCCCCCCACCCCUCAUGUCCUCGUUGCUAGGUGAGCCCCCCAAGCUGCCCCGUCCUGGUACAGUUAAAGAGCCUUUUGGCCCCCGCCAUGCCCCCCUCCUGCACCGCCCAGGUGUUCCUCUUCCCUUGCUGGGCCGAGUGAAGGAGCCUCUCAAUCUACCUCUUCCUCCCCCCUCUCCCACAUGCUCUACACCCUCUCCCUCCACCCCCAAUCCCCCUGCACUCGACUCCCACCCCCCUCGCCACCCUGCUCACUCCUCUGGCCCUCCCACCAGUCCUCCAGCUCAUUCCCGCAACCACACCUCCAACCCCGUUCCCCUGCUUAACUUACCCCCGAUUCUCCCAGUUUCCCUCCAACAGAGACCUAUGCAGCGAGGCCGAACCCCCUCUCAGCAGUUUAACCAGGACCGACCCCGGGGGGGAUAUCGAGGGGGCAAGCGGCAGGGUCCUCCAUUCACAGGUGGUCCCUUCCAUUCGCAGAAGAGACCCUUCCUACCCCCACGAUACUGAAGUGGUCGUCUAUCACAUGCUGAAUGAGAAGUGAAGCGCCCUGCCCUGAAGAGCAGAGUGUGUGUUAGCCCUGCUGGUAUGAGCCUAGAUACCGUUACUCUGUUAAUUAGCUUGAAUUAAAACUACCUUAGGUUGUGUGUAAAUGGCUGAUUUAAUCUUUAUGCUUCAGCUAGGUAGCCAGCCAGUCUUCUUACACUGUACAGUGCAGCUUUGAGGUUAGCAGUUACAUAGUGUUGUGUCACAACCUUCAAUCUUUCCCUCCUUUUUUAUCCAUUUCUCCAACUCCUGUCUAACACAAAAAAACACAGAUAGUUCAAGCAGAUAUUAAACUUUAUUUAGUUUGGAGCUUGCCUGCCUGUGUGAUUGUUGAGUUAACUGAGAGAUAGAGCAGGGGAGAGAGAGAGAGAGAGAGAGAGAUGUAUGGGUCUAAGUUUGACAUUUUGGGAAAUAGGCUUAUUUGUCUCUAACUGAAGGCUGUAUGAGAAGAUCAAAACCACUCUCACAUCUGUGCAGUAAAUUAAAAGCUAGAGCUUAGCAUGACAACUGGAAAUGGGGACAGCUACCCUGGAUCUGCCUGAAGGUCAAUAAGCCAUCUUUUACCACCUCUAACGCUAAUGUUUAAUCUGUACAAAAUGUCAAAUUAUUUGUAAUGGGGGUUAUAUGUGAGACAAUUUCAUGGCAACAAGACUUCAGGAAGUCACAGCCCAUGGCCACAAGACAUUAUUAUUUAGUUACCUUCAGACAGAAACGGGCUAACUGUGCCCCUGAUUCUGCAUCUUAUUUAACACCCAGAUAAUGUCAUCUGACAAAGCCAAUAACCAUAUUUCCUAAAGUGUCCAAUUAUUCCUUAAAAAUUAUAAAUAGUUUCCAAAUGAAUAUCUCCAUUCAUGAGUGUGUGGCUGUGUGCUGUGUGUGCUAACAUGGUGUUUCUCAUUAGAAGUGAUGAGACUGGUUCUGCAGCUUUUGUUCCUGCUGUAAAUAAUAUUGUUCUCUUGCUCGACCUUUUUCACCCUCCCAUCUCUCCCACUGUAUAUUUCUAAACUUGUAAAUAUAAAAUCUGAGAUGACACAGCUUUUUUUCUUUUCAAGCUCUUAUUUCUGUUAAUGAGGACAAUGAUGGUCAUUUUUUAACCCCGUCUUUACUGUGAUUGAGGCCUCGGCUAAGCUUUAGCUUCAGAAGAAUUUCUCUGCAGUAUCUGUCGCACCUUUCUGUCCUCCUUUUGAAACCACCAUGCAGAAGAGGAGGGUGAAGAUAAUUAUGUAUUUUUAUUUCAACAUACUUGUCUGCCUAUGCGGGCUUCACAUUAGACUGAGUCAUGAAGACCCUCGGUAGUGGAUGGCGGGUGGGGGGGAGGUUUUUCAGUUCUGAAACACACUCUUGCUAGGCUUCAUCAUGUACUGACUUGAAUAAAAUCCAGAGUUUCAAUUCAACUGGGGGGGGGAGGUUUUAUUUGGUCACUAAUUAUCACUUGAAUUGCGCUGUUGUAAUUUUUUUGCGCUGUACAGCUGAUUUCUGAGAAUUUGUUUUCAUAUAUUUACAUAGCUGCUGCCAUUCUCAUAGUGCAUAAGUAUUAUUUUUUGGCAUGGUAUUUUUCUAAUAGAUUUAGCAAUUUCCCGUUUGCAACAGCGCCCACAGGUGGCAUUAGGGGGCGAAAACAUAUGAGCUAAUAAGGGUUGUUUUGAAAAUGGUUUAUUUAAAUACUCCAGUUAUUAUGGCCCCUUCCUCUGUUUUUUUCUUUGCUAAUUUCAUGCUUUUGCCCUCAAACCCCUGUGCUUAUCUUGUGCUCACAAUGGCUUUGUUCAUAAACACUUGUGCCCCUCUCAACACUUCUGAGGGUAAAAAAAAAAGGGGCACAAUGGCAGUAAUCCUCCUUCUUUUACAGGAGUUACUGCCGUAAUGCUUCCCUCUGUUCUACACUGAUGUAGUUUCCCUCCCCAGUGAGAGGUGCAUGGUGGGAACUGCUGCUCAAAGCCUUGUGUGUCCUGUGUUUUGUGUGAUCAUGGAGUUUGUGGUCUCUCCUGUGCUCAUUUACAGUUCAUCAAGAAACACUGAGCACCCCAUGAAGUUAGAUACAUUGUAAAAAUGUAACCAUGAAGAGCAUAUCUGUCACUACAGUGUUGGCAGAUCAUCAGAGUCCGAUGUGUCAUUGAAUGUUAUACAAGUCUGUUACCACCUUCUGUAAACUGUCUGUCUUUUAUCUCAUCGAAACAGCUAAAUAUCCAAUCAGUUUGGUGUGUUCAUGAUGCACAGCGAGAAAGCUAGAUGUAUUGUUCCCUCACUAAGCAGCUACCAAGUUCCACAUUUUCAAUUGUUUCUGUAAAUAACCCCAUUCUGUUAACUCUAUGACAAAUUACGUUUGAAACUGACUGAAGAUGUGACGAAGAUGAUGGUCUGUGAAUAUUUGCUAAGUUGAAUUUCUGCUGUUCUCAUCAAUGAUGCUAUUACACAGGUCUUUGAGUGUCCAAUCCUUUCUGGUGUGAUGAACAUGCACUCAUUAUAUUUUUGGAACAGUUAAAAUAUGCAUAGCUGUAUACAGCUUCUUA